CCCGCCCCCGCCUCCGCCGCACGCCACCGUGCCUCCACCGCCUCGCUCGCAUCCCACCCGCGCCUCCGCCUCGCCGCGCCGCGCCCGGGGCCACGCCCCAGGCGGAGCGCCAUGUCCGUGCGGAGCUCCCUCAUCGACCCGGACGGGGGCGCGCUCGUCGACCUCGUGGCCCCGCCGGAGCGCCGGGCCGCGCUGAGGGCGGAGGCGGAGGCGCUCCCGCGGGUCCGCCUCGCCGCCGUCGACGUCGAGUGGGCGCACGUGCUCGCCGAGGGGUGGGCGAGCCCGCUCCGGGGGUUCAUGCGGGAGCACGAGUACCUCCAGACGCUGCACUUCAACUGCAUCCGCCUCCCCGACGGCGCGGGCAUCGUCAACAUGUCGCUCCCCAUCGUCCUCGCCGUCGGCGACCGGGAGAAGGAGCAGAUCGGGGACAGGCCCGACGUCGCGCUCCAGGGCCCCGAUGGCGGCAUCCUCGCCAUCCUACGCAGGGUGGAAAUAUACCCUCACAACAAAGAAGAAAGAAUCGCAAGAACAUGGGGAACAACUGCACCUGGUUUACCUUAUGUAGAUGAGGCAAUAGCGUCAGCUGGGAACUGGCUAAUUGGUGGUGAUCUGGAAGUGAUCGAACCCAUCAAAUAUAACGAUGGUCUUGAUCACUAUAGGCUCUCACCCCAGCAACUUAGGAAUGAAUUUGAUAAGCGAGGGGCUGAUGCUGUGUUUGCCUUCCAAUUGAGAAAUCCAGUACAUAAUGGGCAUGCCCUGCUGAUGAAUGAUACUAGAAGGCGCCUCUUGGAAAUGGGCUACAAGAACCCCAUUCUACUGCUGCACCCAUUAGGUGGCUUCACGAAAGCUGAUGAUGUCCCGUUGCCUGUUAGAAUGGAACAACACAGCAAGGUCUUAGAAGAUGGAGUUCUUGAUCCUGAGACUACUAUAGUGUCUAUUUUCCCCUCUCCGAUGCAUUAUGCUGGUCCAACAGAAGUGCAGUGGCAUGCAAAGGCGCGGAUUAACGCUGGUGCCAAUUUCUACAUCGUGGGUCGUGAUCCUGCUGGAAUGGGCCAUCCAACAGAGAAGAGGGAUCUGUACAACCCAGAUCAUGGAAAGAAGGUCCUUAGCUUGGCUCCAGGUUUAGAGAAACUAAACAUAUUGCCCUUCAAGGUCGCAGCGUAUGAUACAGUGGUGAAGAAGAUGGCCUUCUUUGAUCCUUCCCGGAGUAAAGAUUUUCUGUUCAUCUCAGGAACCAAGAUGCGAGCUUUUGCGAAAAGUGGAGAGGACCCUCCUGAUGGUUUCAUGUGCCCUGGUGGGUGGAAAGUUCUUGUGGACUACUACAACAGUUUGCAAACUGAAGAAGCUGCCGUGGCACCUGUAUGAGAAAAAGCCUACUGGUUUGCUGAGAUUUGUUCAAUCGCGGCAGGCAUAAGAUCUUUGGAUCUCUCGAGUUUUGUUACUCUUUGUAGGUUGAUUCGAUUGAUGCAAUGAAAUCUUUAUUCCAAUUGAUCAUUUUUUAAAUGUGUUAUCAUGAAGCUUGACAUUGAAACUCA